CAGCAAGCGGAACAAAGCCGAUAAUACCGAAUACCGUGCUUGGCAGUCGUACCUGCCGCAAUUCGAUAGCAAUGACGACAAUCGAACCAUGUGACAUCACGUGACAUUCCAUCGUUCCUUCCAGAUCUCAAAGUCACGUGGUUAAUCUUCAAAUGACAACCAUAAUGGGAUGUUUAGUCACAUGACAAGGCCUCACUCAUCCUCCAAACUUCAUUUCUUUCUUUCUCCAUCGUCUCCUCGUGGUUCGUUGUCGAGAGCCAGGCGCGUCUCUUAACAACCGCCACUUCAUCCUAGUGAACGGUCAUGACUGCCCAUCACUUAUCCCUGGCAAAGGCAACUUUCGCCGCAUCGCUGUUUCGCCCAGAUGUGACCAAGGUGACCCGCGACGACCUCACGCAGUUCCAUUCUGCUCUUGAAGUGGUUUCCACUCAAUGCUCCCCUUACAAUAUCCAGGUUUGAAGGAUCCCGGGGCGACGUGAAUCUUCGAAACCAGGUUUACUGAACCGUUCUAGACUUGUAAACAGUGGCUCUGUGAGCAUGUCAUAUCCUCCUCUAGCAGGACAGCUGCUCUCGGCAAAUUCCUCGUUUCAUUUUCCAAGGACCUUGGCCCCGAUUCGUCCAACAACGGCUCCUCCAGCAUUUCGCGUCGUCGCCUUCACAUCCUAUACCUUCUGAACGAUGUUUUACAUCACGCAAUAUAUCACACCUCGGCCGCUCCGCUCGAGCCCCCCAUCUCACAUAUCCUUCAGCCAUUUGUUAUAGAGCUCUUCCAAUUGUGUGCCGCCGAGCGGAAGAAAAGAAUCUCGAAAAGAUUGCACGAUCUGGUAGAUAUAUGGCAAGUAAACGCAUAUUACACCGGUGAUUUUCCUCAGCAAUUGCAUGAUUACAUCACUGGCGAACAAGUGCCAAUCCCCAAGUCUGACCUCGAAACACCCAUCGUGCACAAAGGUGUCUCGGACUUACCAUACCUGAUGCCAGCCACCCAUGGAGACCCCGCUCUCGCAUUUCAUGAUCUCCCGGCAGCCAACCUCAUGCCACUCAUUGUGCCCAAUAGUGCCCAGUCGAUCCGUCCUGAAGAUGUAAGACCUCUUCGAUUUUCUGCCGGUCCAGCCGACGAAAGCCUCGUCAAUGCCCUCAAGGAUUUUUUGGCAGAUAUCGACAGGGAGGACGAGGCAGCGACCAGAACGGACAGUGAUGACAUGUUGCACGAGAUGGAUGAGAUGGGGCAACUGUUGGAUCACGAUGAAGCGGGCGAUCCAAGAAGGGACACGUAUUAUGGGUGGUCAUUGGCAUUCUGUGAGAAGAUGAAAGCGCGUGGCAAGGAAAACCCAGACAGCUCCUCUCGCCAAAGUCGAUCCAGAAGCUCGAGUCAAAGUCGCGGUCGAAAUUACCAGAAGCGACGACGUUACAGUCGAUCGAGCAGUGGGCACUCCAGGUCUUCCAGAUCGUCUAGAUCACGUUCGAGAGAUCAGCUCUCACCCCGAAGAAGGACUUUCAGAAGUCGAGACCGAAGAAAAGAUCGAUCGAGAUCUCGGUCAUAUUCACCUAGCCGCCCCCCCUCCUUUCCACAAAAUCCCAACACCGCCGACAGGAACAAUUUUCUAGCAUCAUCAGUGCCUUUCCCUCCGCCACCUCCUCCUUUGGCUCAAGGCAUGGCCUUCCCUCCCCCACCACCCCUCCUUCAUCCCGGCGGAUUUCCAAUACCCCCACCUCCACCACCGAAUUGGAAGGGAGAAUGGCCCCCGGCCCCUCCAGGCCUACAUUUUCCCGUUGCUCCACCUCCGCCGCCAGCUAUCAAUCCUUCUCAUACUACUACGCGAUCCCCGUUUCAGCCGAGAUAUGACGGGAACAUGGGUGGAUAUGGCCGGUGAUAAAACACUGGUCCAUCGACCGUGGAGAUCAAUCUUGACAUUGAAAGUCGCGGCAAUCCAUGGUCGUCGUGCCUCUACAAAGAUCGAGCCUGAGAGUCAGAGGAUCACAGAUCAUGACGCUAUCAGUGACGUUAUGCUUCACCCACUUUUCAGGUAUGUGUCGACAUGACGCGACGUUCGCUCGCACCCGUGGUCAGUAGCACGCUCCUAGUAAACAGGUGGUCAGUAAAAGAAGCGUGUUUUGCGCUCUAUAUCGUCCAGUCGCUUUCUGUGCGAAAUACGCUUAAUCAACCCACACGUAGGCUUGCAAGGCUGGGGCUUGCAGCCUUUCACCGUGGAGUGGAACCCCCAUGAGUUGAUAUUCUGGAGGUUCCAUCAUUGUGCAUCAAGAGUGGCCACUUGUCACUCGCUCAUCGAUGUCAUGACGAGCGAAUGCGAAAGUUGGUGCGGUUGGUGGAGAUUAACAGAGGAACCUUAAUGUGCUCUGUGUGCCCAUUCCUUUGAAGCUCUCAGCGGCUCCAGGCGUUGCUAUGCUCACUAAGAAAUGCAUAUAUGCGAGAUCUGAAACAGACAGGAUCUUUUUGAUGA